CCGCUUUGUAAGAGGCACAUUGGCAGGUAACGAGCGGCGGCGGCGGCGGCGGCGGGUCCCGGCUCCAGCGAGAACAGCAGCGAUUUUCUAUUUUGUACAUACGUUAUUUUGUAUAUACUGUAUAUGAUGACUACAGUGAACAGUGACCGUUCUCGAGGUGCUCGUGAAAAAGCGCAGAUUUCAGCGACACAGGCAACACAUCUACAGAAACAAGUAGUACAGGCAACAGCUGAACAGAUGCGUCUUGCUCAAGUGAUCUUUGAUAAAAAUGAUGCAGAAUUUGAAGGUAAAGUUAAACAGCUUAUGGAAGUAACAGGAAAAAAUCAGGAUGAGUGCAUAGUGGCCCUACACGACUGUAAUGGAGAUGUGAACAAAGCUAUCAAUAUAUUGCUGGAAGGGAAUUCAGACACGACUUCAUGGGAGACUGUAGGGGGGAAGAAGAAGAAUUUUGGAAAAGAAGGUUCAGAAAAUAAAGAGAAUAGAGAGAAGAAAAAUGAGAGAGAAGUGAGUCGUGGCCGUGGAAACAACCGGAAAGGAAGAGGUGGUAAUCGUGGGAGAGAGUUUAGAAGUGAAGAGAAUGGAAUUGAUUGCAAUCAAGGUGAAAAGCCUUCAGACAGAGGCAAGCGAGCCCGAGGUAGAGGGUUUGGACGUGGCAGAGGGAGAGGGGUAGGAAGAUUCUCAACACAAGGCAUGGGGACAUUUAAUCCUGCAGACUAUCCAGAUUCUCCAUCUACAGAUUCCUGUGGAACAAAACCAGUGGUUUGGGAAGCUGCUCAGAAUGGUGCAAAUGAGAGAACUGAAUUGGCAUCAAAUGGUCACAGUGCAGCUCGGGAUAUGCCAAACAAAAAUUCUUACAGACUCAAAGGUGCUUGGAAAAAUUCUGUAGAAGAAUGGACAACAGAAGACUGGACUGAAGAUCUUUCUGAAACGAAGGUCUUCACUGCCUCAUCUGUUCCAGCAGAGAAUCACAUCUCUCCUAGGCAAAGUGUUGAUCUGGUAGCCUUGCUCCAGAAGCCUGUCGCUCAAUCCUCAGAAGUCAACUCCUUUGAGACAUCUCAGCAACAGGGCUUUGGCCAAGCCCUUGUCUUCACAAAUUCUCAGCACAACAAUCAGAUGACACCAGGAACUGGUAGCUCCACUGCCAACUCCUAUUCUCCUCAGAGUCUGUCAUCAGUCCUUGGUGCAGGAUUUGGAGAGCUUGCACCUUCCAAAAUGGCAAAUAUCACCAACUCCCAGAUUUUGGAACCAUUGAAAGCUCCGAAUUUGGGCCAGUUUAUCACCACCCCAAGUUCACAGCAGAAUAGUAACAGUGCCCCCACAACCACCACUUCUUGGGACUUCAAACCCCCAGCAUCUCAGGCCUCAGUCCUUAGUCAUUUUGACUUCAAAUCUCAGCCUGAACCAUCCCCAGUUCUUAGCCAGUUGACCCAACGACAGCAGCACCAGACUCAGGCAGUCACUGUUCCUCCUCCUGGGUUGGAGUCCUUUCCUUCCCAGGUAAAACUCCGAGAGUCAGCAUCCAGAGACAGUAGCUCCACUGUGAAUAAACUUCUGCAGCUUCCCAGCAUGACCGUCGAAAAUAUCACCGUGUCUGCCCACCAACCACAGUCCAAACACAUCAAACUCACUAAGCGGCGGAUACCUCCAGCUUCUAAGACUCCAGCUUCUGCAGUUGAAAUGCCUGGUUCAGCAGAUGUCACAGGAUUAAAUGUUCAGUUUGGUGCCCUGGAGUUUGGAUCAGGCCCACUACUUUCUGAAUUUGGACCCACUACAAGCAGUGAAACUAGUAACCAGAUUCCCAUCAGCUUGUAUUCAAAAUCUUUAAGUGAUUCUUUGAAUACCUCUUUACCAAUGACCAGUGCAGUACAGAACUCCACCUACACAACUUCAGUCAUUACCUCCUCCAGUGUGUCCAGUUCAUCCCUGAGCUCCAGUAGUCCAGUGACAACGUCUUCCUCCUAUGACCAGAGUUCUGUGCAUAACAGGAUCACAUACCAAAGCCCUGUGAGUCCAUCGGAGUCAGCUCCAGGAGCCAUCACUAAUGGACAUGGUGGUAGUCGAAGUCAGCAGACAGUAGACACUACUUCAUCCGUUCCUGCUCCAAAGACAGCAGACCCUCCCUCCGCCCUCCCAUCUGUUGGCUCCCUGCCCAGCACCACCUCCUGCACUUCACUUCUGCCCUCUGCAUCCCAGCACACUGCCACUUUGUCCUCUUUGUCCCAGCCUGGUGACCUGACCAGCAGUCCCCUGCCCCCGCUUAGCAGUUCACUCUCCAGCCAUCAGAACAGCCUCUCCUCUGCGCACGCAGCACUCUCCUCCAGCACGUCACACACACAUGCCAGUGCGGAAAGCACCUCCUCCCUCCAGUCCUCAGCUACCUUCUCUACGGCAGCAACUUCUGCCUCGAGUGCCACAUCCUCAGGGCUCAGCCUGCCAAGCAGCAUGAACACAGUGAACAGUCUCUGCCUGGGGGGGACCACCAUAAGCACCCCCAGCAGCACUACCAGAGCUACACCCUUGGUCACCUCAGGCAAAGCACCCCCAAACUUGCCCCAGGGGGUGCCACCUCUGCUGCACAACCAGUACCUCGUGGGUCCCGGAGGCCUGCUUCCUGCCUACCCGAUCUAUGGCUACGAGGAGCUUCAGAUGCUCCAGUCACGGCUGCCAGUGGAUUACUAUGGAAUUCCCUUUGCGACACCCACAGCCCUUGCCGGCCGAGAUGGGAGCCUUGCGAAUAACCCAUAUUCAGGUGAUGUUACAAAAUUUGGGCGAGGUGACUCUGCUUCCCCUGCGCCCCCCACCACGCUGGCUCAGCCACAGCAGAGUCAGUCCCAGGCCCACCACACAGCCCAGCAGCCCUUUCUGAAUCCUGCAUUGCCACCUGGGUAUAGCUACACCGGCCUCCCCUACUACACGGGCGUGCCCAGUGCCUUCCAGUAUGGGCCCACCAUGUUUGUCCCUCCCGCUUCAGCCAAGCAACAUGGUGUGAGCCUCAGCACCCCCGCCACCCCUUUCCAGCAGGCCAGUGGUUAUGGCCAGCACAGCUACAGCGCAGGUUACGACGACCUGAGCCAGGGCACAGCAGCAGGAGACUACGCCAAGGGUGGCUAUGGUGGAUCAUCACAGGCCCCAAAUAAGCCUGCAGGUUCUGGACCUGGCAAAGGAGUAACCGUGUCUUCAAGCACCACUGGCCUUCCUGAUAUGACUGGUUCUGUCUAUAAUAAGACUCAGACUUUUGACAAACAGGGAUUUCAUGCAGGAACCCCUCCACCUUUCAGCCUGCCGUCAGCUUUGGGCUCCACUGGGCCUCUUGCCCCGGGAGCAGCCCCUGGUUAUGCUCCUCCACCAUUCUUGCACAUUCUGCCUGCCCACCAGCAACCCCACUCGCAGCUGUUACACCACCACCUUCCGCAGGAUACUCAGAGUGGGUCGGGUCAACGCAACCAACCCAGCACCCUGCAAGCCAAGUCACAAGCCUCCAAGCCUGCCUAUGGCAACUCUCCAUACUGGACUAACUGAACUGGAGGGGUGGGCUGGGGCAAGGCAUACCCUGAGCAGAAAACACAGGGCCCACUUCUUGGAGCUCAGUACCCUUCCCUAGAAUCCCUGAGACAUGUAACUGUGUCAGCCGCGCCUCUGUAGGGAGCCUGCCUCCCAGACUCGCUAUUGUAUGUAAUGUAUUUAUGUAUGUAUUUGUAAAUGUGAUAGAAAUCUUGGGGAAGUGGAGAUGGCAGCUGCUCUCUACACAGGCCCCAUUGCUAUAGCAAAAUAAGACUCCUCCCUUCUUACUGCUUUCAGGCCUUCUACAGAGCCCCACCCCUGCCCUGCAGGCUGCUAGGGGCAAUGUCUGGAGGACUGGUUAAGGCAGUUUGGGCAUUGGGUCAGGAUACCAAUGAAGAAUCACGACUUAACUUGUGUCCUUCUAAGACCAUUAUUUGAGUUUUCUUUCUUGUGUAAUUUACUUUAUCCUUCUUUUUCAAAAACUGGUCUGUUAUUUGUCAUGUUACUCUAGUGCAAAAUCUUGAGCUGGGAAUCGCAGAUACACCUCCCCGCCUCUUCCACCCAAUGUAACACUGGCACCUGUUUGUCUUCAUACACAGCAGGGGCUUCUGGUCAAACAUUUUUUAAUCAGAAUUUGCCCUCAGAGAGGUACAGCCAGUCAGCUCCCCUUAAAAAAAAAAAAAGAAAGAAAAAUCAAAGAUUUUGCUUUCAUCUCAGUGAGAAUGCAUCUUCAAGCAAAGGAUGUCCAAAACUAGAUGGGUGACUGUUUCAGGGGUUUCUCUUUUGCCCGAACUCACUCCACCUAAUAAAGUUCUG